AGAAAAAGAAAACGAUAGGCAAUAAAAUCCCUUGUUUUUUAAACGGCAACAUUCUGAAACCCGCGCCUGUGUGGAGUUCUCUUCUAGGGUUUGCUAGAAGUUGAUGUUAAAAUUAACCUUCUUUUUCGUGUAAUUAUGCACCCCUUCUCAAUUGGAAUCAAAACUUUCAAGUAUAUAACCCCCUUAUUCCCAAUCAAAUCUCACUCUCUUCACUUCUCCAACUUAUGUGCACGAAAAACACCUUCAAAUCCAUCCCUUUUAGCAGAAAAACUGGCGUAUUCAUUAGAUUGGUGUCAAGAUAUUCAUUCUUUAAAAAAACUUCACGCUUGCACAAUCAUUCAAGGUCUUGGAACCAACACUUUUCUGGGUUCUAAGCUUCUAAAUGCCUAUGCUUUUCUUGGGUUGUUAACUGAAUCAAGAUCGGUUUUUAUUGGAAUAAAUAACGGCAAUUUUUCUCUUUUGAAUUCAGUUUUUGUUGGGUAUUUUAAGGCUGGUGAAUUUCAUGAAGUUCUAAGGGUUUAUUUAUAUUUCAAGCAAAGAAAAAUUGUGGUACAUGGUUCAGCAUUUACAUUUAGUUUGAAGAGUUGCAUUCAGUUGUGUAGACUGGAACUUGGAAAAGCUAUUCAUGUUGAUGUUUUGAAGUUUGGUUUAAAUACGGAUCGGUUUGUGGGUUCUUCUUUGAUUGGGUUUUACUCCAUGUAUGAAGAUAUGGUGGAUGCACGCAAGGUGUUUGAUGAAAUAACUGAGAGAGAUAUUGUUGCAUAUACGUCUUUGAUAACUGGUUAUACUCAAACCGGUGAUCAUCAUGCUGCUUACAAGGCGUUUGCUGUUGUUCAACGUAUGCGGGAUGACAACCUGGAACCAAACCGUGUGACUUUGGUGAUGUUACUGCAGGCAGCAUCGAAGCUGCGGUUGCUAAAUUACGGGGAGUUGAUCCAUGCAUAUGCAAUUAGAAGAGGAAUCAAUUGUUUUGAUGAAGUAUUCAAAACAAGUCUUAUGGACAUGUAUAUGAAGUGCGGUGCGCCACAUAAGGCUACCGUGGUUUUUAGUCAAAUCAGUACAAAGUCAACUGCUUGUUGGAACGUAUUGAUUGACGGUCAUUUGAAAUCGUGUCAGCCUUUUGAAGCCUUGAAUCUUUUCUCUCUCAUGGCUCAAGACGAUCACGAAUUUGAUCUAAUUACUUUAGCAAAUGGGGUUCGAAGCUGUGCUAAUUUGGGCUUGUUACGGGUCGGUAAGAGUAUCCAUGGUUAUAUGUUUAGAACCGGAGUUCAGCUUGAUGUCGUCACAAACACAGCUCUGAUUGAUAUGUACUCAAAAUGUAACAACUGUGGCAAAGCUACGGAAAUUUUCGAUGCCAUGAAAAACAAAGAUGUCAUUUCCUUUAAUGUGAUGAUGGCUGGUUAUCUCCAAAAUGGUUAUGCUUGUGAAGCAAUCAAAUUAUUCCACAACAUGAGAAGAUCCGGUUUGACCGAAAACGAAGCGACUGUUUUGACCAUAGUUUCUGCGUUUUCUGAUCUGAAAAAUAUUAGACAAGGUAGAAGCAUCCAUGGAUAUGUGAUUACACAUGGAUUUGAGUCUAAAACCGAUAUCGCUAAUCAGAUUAUGUACUUGUAUGUAAAAUGUGAUUAUAUAGACUACGCAAGGCAAGUCUUUGAUCAAAUAAAACACAAAGAUUUGGUAUCUUGGACGUCAAUGAUGAGGGGUUACGAGAAUCUUGGCCAUGCUAAUGAAGUGAUAACAUUGUUUUACAAAAUGAUGAACUUGGAAAAACAACCGAACCCUGAUUUGGUCACUUUAACGUGUUUGCUUCAAGCAUUUUCUCGGCUCGGGUGUCUUAAACAAAUCAAGGAGAUUCAUUGUCAUGUGAUUCGCUUAUUGAUGGAGAAUGAAAUCACGAUCAUGAACUCUCUACUAACUAAUUACAGUAAAUGUGGAAUGUACAAAACAUCAAGAGAUUUGUUUGGUCAAAUGGGUACCAAGUGUAUAGCUUCAUGGAACACAAUGAUAGCUGCAUCAGGGAUGCACGGUGAUUGUUUUGGUGCGCUUGAAUUAAUCAACGGGAUGAAAAAAGAAAAUAUCGUUCCGGACGAGGUGACCUUCAUGUCAGCGCUAUCUUCUUGCAGUCAUGCUGGUUUAAUAGAAGAAGGUUUAAAUCUUUUUAAGAUGAUGAAAGAGGAAUAUGGGCUUGUUCCUGGUGAAGAGCAUUAUGGUUGUGUGGUUGACUUGUUGGGCCGAGCUGGUCAACUUAAGGAUGCGUUUGACUUUUUGAAAUGUGUUCCACCAACACAGAGUGGUUCUGCACUUGGUGCACUGGUGGCUGCGUGUAGGGUUCAUGGAAACAAUGAAAUGGGUGAGGGUUUAGGUAGGUGGCUCUUGGAUCUUGACCCUGAAAAUUCAAGUUCUUAUGGGUUGGUUUCGAACUUGUAUGCAGAAAGGGAAAGAUGGAAUGAGGCUGCACAUAUAAGAGCUACAGCAAAGCAGAGAGGCUUGAAGACGACUGCUGGUUUUAGCUUGAUAGAAAUAGAUCGGUAAGAGCUACUGCACUAGUGUGUUCAAAGAUUGUCGCUUAUCAUCAUUGGUAAUAUAACGGGCUACAUCUGCGUCACCGUGUGCAAGGAUUAGAGACGUUUAUACGUUGAAGGUAGUGCCCCUGUCCAGGUUUCUAACUUUUUCUUCACUUAUGAGGGUCCGGGAUAAGGGGUUGAACUUUGAAGAGCCUUAUCGGAUGUGUGGGUCUGUGGGAUGUGAAAUCCGAAUUGUGGAUGAAGCAAAACAGUGAGAUUAUGAGUAUUAUUCGAUCGCGAAAGAUGCCAAGUCAAGAGACAUUUAUAAGCUGUCAUUCUAUUUUGAUAUUUGGACCGGUCUUGGUGAUUAUCAAGAUUUUGAGACGGCUUCUGAAGAGGAUGCAAUUGUAUGAUAAUCUAAUACACUUCAACACGAUUUAUGAUACAAGGUCUUAAGUAAUC